AUUUUGAUUCAAAACCUUGCAAUACCGAAGUCACCGCUUUUUGUCAGUUGGCUUCGCUGUCAAACGGAAAAUGGCAGCGACGAGUGUUGUCGUUCUCGAUAGAGGCAACAAUACAACUUGUACCGUAAAUCUUUUCGGUGCCACGGUAGUAUCAUGGAGGGUGAAUAAUCAAGAACAGUUAUUUGUAAGUAAACAAGCCGUGUUCGACGGCAAAAGGGCGAUCCGAGGCGGGAUACCGUUCGUCUUUCCUCAGUUCGGACAAUGGGCGUUCGGUCCGCAGCACGGGUUCGCGCGGGUGGCGCGCUGGCACGUGGAGAAGAUGCCGGAGCGGCUGCCGAGCGGCGACGUGGAGGCCGUCUUCAGCCUCAUGGACGACGACUUCACCAGGUCCAUGUGGCACUUCCAGUUCAGACUGACGUACCGACUGAUCCUGCGUGAGAAGGAGUUGCACUUCAACAUCGGCGUGUACAACCCGAGCAAGGAGCUGACGUUCAGCUGCCAGCUGUUGCUGCACACGUACUUCAAGGUGCCCGACGUGCGCCGCUGUCAGAUCACGGGCAUGCACGGGUGCAUGUUCAUUGAUAAGACCCGAGAGGGCGCGGUGUACCAGGAGACGCGCGAGGUGGUGACAAUCAACGAGUGGACGGACCGCAUCUACCAGAACACUAUGCAGGAGCACAUCAUCACCAACGUGGUCAGCGGACGCAAGAUGAGGAUACAGAAGUACAACUUCCCAGAUACAGUGAUCUGGAACCCGUGGGCGGAGUACGCGAAGGAGAUCCCGGACUUCGGCGACGACGAGUUCCCCAACAUGGUGUGCGUGGAGGCGGGCCGCGUCGCCGCACCCAUCGUGCUGCUGCCCGGCACCGCCUUCGAGGCUAGCCAGAUAUUGCAGGUGAUGUAGGUGGAUGGCGCCACAUUUCACACGCAGCCGUCCACGUCGAGCGAAGUCAAUUUGCGAGGUAUCCAGUAAUAGCGAGACAAUACUUUAGUUGGGCUCUUAAAAUACAAUGCAGUACAUUGUACAGUCGCGUCACAACGUCCGGGUAUACCGGUCCCGUGUAAUAAAUAACUGUAGAGUUAUGUAUAAUUGUUAAUAAAUAUCAAUUUAUUAUCAUUAACCAAAAUUGCGUACACUUUUUUCUUGUUUUGUGUGUUAUGUUGGAGAGCGUGUACAACGUGAAUGAUUUAAUCGAUACGAAAUAAGAUUAACAAUUCGAUAAAUGACCCCCCAUCCAAAACCUGAUUACGGUCCUGUUCAUUAGUUAAUUUCCGCACAUAUACCCAGUAAUUAUAUUCAAAAUAUAUUUACGAAUAUAUCCUUAAGGUGAUGAAAAAAUCGGCUAAUGGUAAAUGAGUAUGCACACGAUUUGACGUCCAUGUAUGUCAUGUUUGACUGACAGUUGACCUUUAUCAUCGACCUUCGGAGCAAACAGGUAUCGCUCCUUGAAACAAUGUCUAGUAAUAGACACGCAUAAUGUAUGGUUUUUGAAUCGAUCAGUUGAUCAUAUUGGUGUAGAUUUUCUGGUUUCCGCCUUCAUAUUUGCUUUUACGUUAUUCUUUUUUUUUUCAUAAUUAAAUAAUGGGUUAGCUACAUGCUGGGCCAUUGUAGUUUAGACAUAUCUAGCGGCAUCAUAGACUAAGGUUAUAGGUGCUGUGGUCAACAAAAUUUCAUAAAACUAGAUAAAUAAAUCAAUUGAAGAAAUUAUGUACGUCUUCCCGUCUUGGCAGCAUAAUAAGGCAGUUGCUUCUUUGUAACUUUAUGUUGACUAUAGCGAAUAAACUCUACAUAAAUUAAUAUGGAAUAUAACUUCCCUCGCGUUUAAAAUUUUUAGCAAUUUAAAUUAGUACUAAAAUCUAGCUUUACUCUGUCUUCCGCUGUUUCUUGUUACAAUUGAUCUGUUUUGUUUUCUAUGUACCGUAUGUUUACGCACAAUUAUACACAGUUUUGCAUUCCAGUUAGUGUUAUGUUUUUAAGGUUUGUGAUUUUAUCAAAAGUAUGUUAUGCAUCAUUCCAUUUACUGACAAAAAGUACAAUAUUCUUUAAGGCCUCAUGUUUAAGAGUAAUUUCAGAGACCGUAGCCAAAAUGGCUUUUACAGUCAUUGACUCCAAUAGAAAAAAAAAUGUAUGGGAAUUAUCCUAACGAUAAUUCUCGCUAGGAUACGUAAUUCCCAAACGUAUAGUUAGCGUUAACGAUUGUAAAAAGGCAUUGUCGCUACGAUCUCUGACAUUUUUAUACAAAACGUAUCACUAAAAUGAAUAAUUUGAUCGUAGUGCGUAAAAAAACUUUAAAUAAAAUUCACACUAUAUACUGUAGAUGUUUUAGAUUUGCCACUCACAAUAUAACACAUUCCAACUUAUAAGAAGACGUUAUGGAAUAUUUUUCAAGUUAUAGAUUAAUUUAAUUUUUUUUAAUAACAUAAACUUAGCACGAAAUACUCAGGCCACUUGUUUUAUUUAACUUAUUGUUUUAACUAAGCUUACUCAUAAGUUUUAUACGCAACGAAACGAAUUUGACUUUUUGGAACACCCGUUAGGUGUGAUUUUUUAACAUCUGGUUUGUGCUCAGUUCCUUGUAUUGUAGCUGUAAACGAUCAAAUAAUUACGAUAUCCUUUUCUAUGUGUUUGUAUCGCGCCCGUAUUUGGAAUUAAAAGCCUCUGUAAUUCUUGUAUUGCUUUAUUCUAAACAAUAACGUACGGAAGUAAUCUCGUGUACAUAUUCGCUCGUUCACAUUUGUAAAUUGUUUUUUUUAUAUUUUUUGUUAAUUCGGAACAUUUUUGGAGGCUUUUAACGUAUACGAUAUUGUAAGAGUAUGUACUUAGAUGUAACGAGUUCCUUGUUUAACGAUUGGGCAUAGGUAAUGUAAUAAGACGGUCGUUCGCGUCGACCACUUGUAAUAAUUCUGUACCAGAGGUAUAUUUUCAUAGUAAUCAAUACGUUUGAACUCUAAGAUUUUGUCGUCAAAUGGGACUGCAAUGCAAUACAUUGAAAACUCCUAGAUUUUGUUGUACAUCCAAGAUUUUUGAAUUACGUAGUUCUUGGAACCUCAGACUACUCAGGAUGUUUCUGAAUAACAAGACUUGCAUUCCAAUCACGGCGGAUAUACAAGGGGGUAAUGGCCCCUAAGGCCCAAAUAGAGUCCAGCCUUGUUACUUUAGGACAUUAACUUAGCAACUUGGAACAAAAACUGCCUUCUAGCGAAAUCGUAUAUCCGCUGGUUCCAAAGUAAUUCGUCAUAUCUAUGUCAUAUACCUCUAAGGUACAGCAUGUAAUAUACAUUCGAUAAUCGCUCUCUUUAGUAGAUAUGGAAUAUAAAGUUUUUACUCUUCUCUGUAUUUCAUAGUUGUAAGCGGAACGUGAUUAUCAUAUCCGGAUGUAUAUGGGACUUAGAAUAAACAGUAGGAUAACAUAGUGACUCUCAAACAUCGAAAAUGCAACGAAGUGUACUUCCAUAGGUGCAAUAAAAUGAAGUAAAAUAA